CUUCUGAAAUAAAUCCUGAUGCAGUAAUAAGUAAUGUUGGGUUAGGAGAUUCAAAAGGAACAAUUAAAGCAGAUUUAAAGACAUUACAAAUAGAAGAUAAGAAAAAUAAUAACCAGGCUUCAAAUAAGAUAGAGCAAAAUCAAACUAGUAUAAAGGGAGGUAGCAAUAAGGAAGAAAUAGAAUGUAUACAGUCUGAAAGCCAAAAAGUAGACAAUGAAGUCAUGACAAUGAGGUAG